CUGCUUUUUUAUAUGACUUAUUUUCUUUGUAAUAAAUAAAAACUCUCCCUCUUCCCUUGGAAUACUUUGUCUUUGGCAACAUGUACUGUACCCCUAUAUAUCUCUCUCUCCUGAGAUGAAUAAACUAAUCCCAAAAGUGUCUGAAGUAAACCCUUUAUUUUAUUAGCUCAAAAUAGUAAAAAUCUUAAACAAUAUAACAUAUUCAUUCUCAGACACACACACUCCCAGUUUCACGAACACACACAUAUAAAUAUAAACACAGACACAUAAAAGCUUUUUCAUUUUUGUUUUUUUUUUUUUUUUGGGUUUCGUAUAUUUUAUAAGCUCACCGGCGAUGCCGACGCCGGUAAGCGCAGCGAGGCAAUGCUUAACAGAGGAAGCGGCGCGUGCUUUGGACGAUGCGGUUGCGGUGGCGCGUAGACGCAGCCACGCGCAGACGACGUCUCUCCACGCGGUGUCUGCGUUGCUGGCGUUGCCGUCUUCUUCGUUAAGAGAGGCAUGUGCACGCGCGAGGAGCAGCGCGUACUCCCCACGGCUCCAAUUCCGAGCUCUGGAACUCUCCGUCGGCGUCUCGUUGGAUCGGUUGCCUUCUUCCAAAUCCGUGGAAGAGCCGCCGGUGUCGAAUUCACUCAUGGCGGCUAUCAAACGAUCCCAAGCGAACCAGAGGCGCCACCCUGAUAACUUCCACUACCAAAUCAUUCAGAGCCAAACUCAGCAGCAGCAGCAAACGACGUCGCUCUUGAAAGUCGAGCUCAAGCACUUCAUUUUGUCGAUUCUCGAUGACCCGAUUGUCAGCCGGGUAUUCGGCGAAGCGGGUUUUCGGAGCACCGAUAUUAAGCUCGCGAUUAUUCACCCGCCGGUUUCGCGCUUCGCCCGAACCCGAUGCCCGCCGGUUUUUCUCUGUAACUUGACCGACCCGGAUUUGACACAACGACGUAGCAGUUUCGGGUUUCCGGGUAUGGAAGACGAGAAUUCGAGAAGAAUUGCGGAGGUUUUGGUGAGAAAGGGCGGGAAGAGGAACCCGUUGUUGCUUGGGGUUUGCGCGAUGGACGCGCUUCGGAGUUUUACGGAGCGCGUGAAGAAUGGAGGAGAGAAUGUUUUGCCGAGUGAGUUAAGUGGGUUGAGUGUGAUUUGUAUAGGGAAUGAGAUUUCGGAGUUUGUGAAUGGAGGUGGGAGUGAAGAGAAGAUGGGGUUGAAGUUGAAAGAAGUGGGUGAGCUGCAAUGCUUGGAUGAGCGAGGAGGGAAAGUUGUGGUCAACUUUGGGGAUUUGAAGGCUUUGGUCGAUGACAAUGAUGAUUCGAGUGAGGGUGGUGGUGUGAGUUUUGUGGUGUCGAGGUUGAGCCAGUUGGUGGAGCUUCAUGGUGAGAGGUUGUGGUUGAUGGGUGCAGCGGGGAGUUUUGAGACUUACUCCAAGUUUUCGGGGAAGUUUCCAAGUAUUGAGAAAGAUUGGGAUUUGAAUCUCUUGCCCAUCACUUCUUCUAACAAGCCUUCUGGUGAUGGAUUUCCCUACAAGUCCAGCUUGAUGGGGUCCUUUGUACCAUUUGGUGGGUUCUUUCCUACAUCAUCUGAUUUCACAAAUCCAUUGAGCAUUACAAAUCAAUCCUUUACUCGUUGUAAGCAAUGCACUGAAAAGUAUGAGCAAGAAGUUGCUGUUAUUCAGAAGGGAGGAUUGACUAUUUCAGGUGCUGAUCAGUAUUCGGAAAGCAUCCCUCGGUUGCAAAUGUCUGAACUUGACACAGGAAAGGGAGUGGAUGUGGCAAAGACCAAAGAUGAUUCAACAACAUUGAAUGCCAAAAUUUUGGGGCUGCAAAGGAAAUGGAAUGGUACCUGUCAACAUCUCCAUCAAGCACAAACCUUUCCUAAAUUAGAUAUUUCCCAUGCCAGGUCCCAAGUUCCAUCUGCUGAGGGCUUACAUUUUAUUACAAAUAGGAAGGAAACAAGUAUAGAUUCAACUCUUAAUGAAGGCCAAUGUGAAAAUCCAAGCCCCCAUAUGGCCACAGAUUGGCAAAAACUUUUCCCAUUAAAACAGAACAUACAAAUACCAGUGGCUUCUGAUGCUAAAAAUGCUAAAUUUCAAUCUGAGCUAUCGGUAAAGGUUUCAAAGAGUCAGCAAAUUGAGGUAGAGAGCCCUUGGCUCUCCACGUACUCAAUGCCCAAUAUGCGUCUGCCCCCUGACCGCACAUCACCUUCAUCCAUCACAUCUGUGACUACAGAUUUGGGGCUGGGAACACUAUAUGCAUCAACCAGUCAGGAGCCUGACAGUCCAAAAUUACCAGGUUGCAAAGAUCAUCUUCAGCACUUUUCAGGUUCGGUUUCUGCAGAGGUUGAUGCAGUGAGUGAAAGUACUUCUCACCAAAUUGCCCAUUCCUCUUCCUGCUCUGGUCCUAAUAUGGCAGGGCAAGCUGAUCCAACUGAUCCUAAAUCCCUUAGGACAUUUCUUGCUCAAAAGGUUUGCUGGCAAGAUGACGCCAUAUGUUCUAUUAGCGAAGCUAUUACUCGCUGCAGAUCUGGUAAUCAAAAGCGUCGUGGCUCAGGUCCCAUUGGAGACAUUUGGCUCACUUUCCUUGGACCGGACAUAGUUGGAAAGAGGAAAAUUGCUUCAGCACUAGCUGAGAUAAUGUUUGGCACCAGGGAAAGCCUAAUCUCUGUGGAUUUGAGCUCCCAAGACAGGGUUUACCAAUCAGACUCAAUGUUUGAACAUCAAGAAUUAGACGGUUACAAUGUGAAUUUUAGGGGAAAGACUGUUGUUGAUUAUAUAGCUGGGGAGUUGAGCAAGAAAUCGCGUUCAGUCGUCUUCCUUCAAAAUGUAGAUAAGGCUGAUUUUUUGGCCCAAAGUAGCUUAUCUCAGGCCAUUAGGACUGGUAAAUUUGCAGACUCGCGUGGGAAAGAGAUCAGCAUCAACAAUAUGAUCUUUGUGGUAACCUCAACUGUCCCGAAGGGUGAUAGAACCCUCUUUUCCAAUAAAGAACCCGUGGAAUUUUCUGAGGAAAGAAUACUCAAAGCUAAAAGAUUUCAAAUUAAGAUAUUAAAUGAAUGUGUUGGUAGGGAUGCCAGCAGAAGCAGUGGCAUGAAUGUGAGAAUAACAAGAAAAGGAACCUCAAAUCCUUCUUCUGUAAAUAAAAGGAAGUUGAUUGACACCUGUGAGUCUCUGGAGCAGGGUGAAACCUUCAAGAUACAGAAAUGUGCACACAAGGUAUCAACAUCCUUUUUGGAUUUGAAUCUGCCAGUAGAGGAUAUGGAGAACAUGAAUUGUGGAGACUACGAUAGUGACUCCAUCUCUGAGAACACAGAAGCUUGGUUAGAGGAGUUCUUUAGAAAUGUGGAUGAAAAAGUGGACUUUAAACCAUUUGAUUUUGAUGCACUUGCUGGAAAAAUAGUGAAGGAUAUUAGCCUACAGUUUCAGAGGAUGUUAGGCUCGGAGGUUAAGCUGGAGAUUGAUUAUGAAGUUAUGGUGCAAAUACUUGCAGCUGCUUGGUUAUCAGAUAGGAAGAGAGCAGUGGAGGAAUGGGUUGAACAGGUUCUCAGCAGGAGCUUUGCUGAAGCCCAGCAGAAGUACCACCUUACUGCUCAGUCUGUUCUGAAACUAGUCACUUGUGAAGGCCUUUUUGCGGUAGAACAGGCUCCUGGACUAGGAGCAUGCCUUCCUGCUAGAGUUCAUUUGAAUUAAUUUUUUGCUCACUCUGCUUUUUGUAAUUACAUAUGUAUAAUGUAGCUUUUUGCAUAUAGCUUUUGGCAUUUGAAAAGCCUUGUUUGGCUAUAGUUGAAAUCCAGGUAAAAAUUUUUUGGGCAA